AUGAUGAAAAAAAUGAAUCAAAAAUUUACAUUUGCCGAAGAUGAGCUAUUAAUUGACUUAGUUAAACAACAUCCUGCGCUUUAUAACUGCAAAUUAAAAAGUUAUAGGGACAUUGUUUUGAGAAAUAAGAUAUGGAAACAGGUUGGUGCCAGUCUGAAUAAAUCAGAAAACGAUUGUAAGGCAAGAUGGAAACACAUACGAGACUACUAUAGAAAGAGAAGAAACGAGGCAAUGAAAGAAUUGGGCACAAGUUCACAAACAAUGGAGAACAGUGACUUCUUUAAAAAAAAUCAGAACUUAUUGUUUUUGGAGAACACGGCUAUAGCAGAAACAGAAACCUUAAGCAGCCUUGAAAAUAGUAAUUUAAUAGAUGAAAACCUCGAGUCUUCAUAUACAGUGAAGGUAUUGAAUAGUGACGAAGAAGUACCGGGGGGUAGUGAAACGAUCCAAGAUUCGCCUGUAGAAGAAACAGCUAUCCAAUUACCGAUAGACGCGGAAACAAAUAUCAGCAUGGAAGUUCAUGAAAACGCUAGAGAAACGAGUAAAACAUCGUCACGAACAAAAUCCAAAAGGAAAUAUCGAACCUUUGAAGAAAAUAUCUGUAUGGAGCUAAAAAAAAGUCGUGAAGGGAAAACGGAACUCUCGAGAAAUAUUUUACCUAUUGAAUAUCCUCCUCUGAAUCCAGCCAUCACGACUUUUUUUCAAAGCAUCGCAACAACUGUUAAUAGUUUUAUACCACAACUGCAAGCUAGAGCCAAAAUGCAGAUUAUGAACAUUGUGGGCCAGUUAGAGCUAGAAAAUAUAUCUCAACAGGAGAGCAUGGCACAACCUACUUGCCCACAUUAUACUACCAGCGAAAUAUAUUCAAGACCUUCUUCCAGUGGCGGAUCAGAAUGUCACACUGAUAUUUCUCAUUCGUAUUCGCAAACCCAGUCUAGUGAAAAGAUUCCCUUUGCUGCAUACUCCAGUCCUUGGACUGGAGCUUCCAAAAGUUUUAAAAACGAAUUGAUGAUAUUCCUACUUAACUCCCAAGAACCAAUUCAAUUAAAAGCAAUGGACAUUGUAGAUUUAUCUUUGGAGACCUAUAUGGCGAUUGUGAAAUCGUCAUUUUCUUACUACACCGUACUAAAUAACCUCAUAUUUGAUGAAUAA